AUGCAAACGAUGGGGCUCGAAAUGUCUGCUAAAGCGGAAGGUCUUGGUAUCACACAAAAUGAAAUGGAAUCUCUUGUGCGACGCAUCUUGGAUGGUGCAGACCUGAGUAAAACGACUGGGAAAAUAGUACGUGAAAGGGUAAUAAAGGAGAUCGGCGAACGAGCCGGGCCUGACAUGCGGGCCCUGAAGCAUUCCAUUCGUGACGCACUGAAGAAUGUGUUAAACGGACAUGCACAGGAGAUCUCGCAACCUGCUCAACAGCCUUCUCCUGUCUCAAAGCCGAAUUCAGAUAAGGGCAUCGCGAAUGGAAACCAAGUGAAAAGGGAUGUGGGCAAACACGGCACAAAAACGAAAAGUUCUGCCGCUGCCGCUGGUGGCCAUGCUGCUCUGGCAGGUACUGCAGCCCAGGAUUCUGUGGAUGAGAACGAACAUCCCAGCGUGCAAAUGAAAAAAUCGGAACCGACUGUGCCCAUGCAAAGAAAGCGAAGAGCUCGAACUGUCGUCGAUGAGGAUGAAGAUGACGAGAACAUCGAUGAAACUGUCCAUGAUGACGACGAAGCUUUCGAUAAUGGUGUUGGAGGCAGUAAACUUGAUCCGAAGUCAGAGAAAGCGGAGUCUAGACCAAGGCCUGCGAAAAAGGGAAGCUCCGUUUCCCAUCUAAAUCAGUCACCCAGUAUUCAAACAAUUGGCGCGAAUUCCAGAAAGGUUGUUGCACCGACUUCAACUCCUCGGCCAGCGAAGCGCUCGCGCCCAAACACCUCUGCUGAAAGACGUCUGGAAAAGCUGCGUAGCAUUUGCAGGCAACUCGGCUCUAUGGCCCCGCCCGCGCGAAUGCGAGGCAAAUCUGUUCCAGACAAAUGCACCGCGGUGUUGGAAUAUCUACGGCAGAAGGGAAUUGAAGAUCCAGACCCAACAUCACUGACGAGGAAAGAAGUUGCCGUUCAUCGGGCGAGACUUGAACAAGAAAAAGAGCUUGCUGGGCUUGAUACAAGGCAUGGCUAA